AUGUCGUCGCUAUCACUGCUGGCAUUCUACGACGAUAUUUCCUCAUCGUUGAACUGCUCGGUAUAUACCUUGACUUCGGGAAGUAUAGUGCUAGAUUGGAUAAAUGGUUCCACAUCUUCAAACUAUACAAGUGGUUUACUUCCGGCCUUUUACAUAACAAAUUGUUCUAUGGAAUCACUUUUGGAAUAUACCACCCUGCGAAACUUUUCCAAUAUAUCGCGAGUAUCAGAAAUGCAACUGGGAAACGAUCUUGGUAGUUCAUUGGUGUCGUUACUUUUCACUGUUAGUGGGUCUUGUGUGCUGUGUUGGAUGCUCUCAUUACUUUUAUAUUUAUCUCCUCGACACAAACAAAAACCAUUCCUGACCCAUAUAGCGACCUUAUUCUAUUCGGUGGUAACGUCAAUUUUAUUAUCACAAAUCACCAAUGCUUCAGCAAGACAAUAUUAUGCAGAUACACUAGAUAUUGUUGAUCUACAUAAUAGCAUAUAUCAAUCAUUCAGUUUCCGCAUCCCAAUAUCGAUCUCACAACUAUUGACCCAUCUAGCGUUCUUUGAAAUAGUUUUGCAUCUCACUAGACCAAAAUUCCGUUGGUUAUCGAUAGUAUUCGGGACAAUCUUGACGGCAACAUACACUAUACUACAACUAAUUUUUGAAAUUAAAUAUGAUGAUGUUUAUGCCCACAAGGUUCAUGAAGAAGAACUAAAUCUCUCGUGGAGAAUAGCCUUGGUGGCCAUUAAAAUGGUUAUUAUAUGUGGUGUUGCAAUUACAUUAUUUUGGUAUACAACAUACGUUAAGAAUCCCAGAAAGAUUUCUUAUUCGAAAAGAGUGGUAUCCAUAGCAUUUCUAGCAUGGUUUAUGCUUGUUGCACAACUAGUACUUCUAGUGUUGUCUGUGACAUAUUUGCAGAAACAAUGGUUACUUAAAUACUGGAUUAUUUAUUUACCAUAUAUUGUGGAAAUAUUCCUCCUUACGAUAAUUUGGGAAUGGAUAUAUAUUAUGGCCAUGCUUGAAAAAAGAGAUGAAAUCUCAGGUGUUUUGGGUCGUAGAAUAUCCAUGGAUGACGUUACAAGUUUGAAUCUGAACCUACAAUAUCCCAAUAAGAAAGGUUCACUUUUACGGGGAUUAAGAAAAAGUUUUACAGAGAAGAAGACUAAAAAAUCACAGCAAAAUAUAUCUAUUGAAAGCACUUCAAGCAGAUUGGUAUCAUCGGAAUCAUCAGAUACAAAGACCGAUGAUCGCGGACAAAUUAAACAACUGACUUCCAGGGAAUCAGAAGAACAAUCACAACAGGAAUUCUUAAUACGGAAUAGCAUCGAUCUUGGUGACGCAACUUCUCAUCAAGAAGUUGACUACAGCUAUGAUUUCUCCGAUUCGAACUCUGAACAUGAUUAA